AUGGAUCCCAUGAAAGCGCAGCAACUGGCGGCGGAGCUGGAAGUGGAGAUGAUGGCUGAUAUGUACAACCGAAUGACCAACGCCUGCCACAGAAAGUGUGUGCCCCCUCAUUACAAAGAGGCAGAGCUGACGAAAGGCGAGUCUGUGUGCCUGGACCGCUGCGUGGCCAAAUAUCUAGACCUCCACGAGAGGCUAGGACGCAAGCUAACAGAACUAUCUGUCCAGGAUGAGGAUAUGAUGAGGAAAGCAGCAGUCGGCAGCGGAUAG